AUGGCCUACGAAUUCUUCUACGCCUUCACCACCACAUCCACAACCGUAGAGCGAGUAGGCUUUCUCGCCUGGUUCAUCCACGACUUUGGCUACGUCGCAGUCAUCCUUAAGCACGUCCAUCGCGCAGAGCACCGACCCCGACUCAUCCGGAACAUGCUCAUCGGUCUCCUCCUGGGUAUAGCCGGCUUGAAAUGGUUAACUACCCUCUACCCAGAUGAUCGCGAACAAGUCACAGCGUACUGGACGGGUAUUCUGCUUCAACUUCCCAUCGGCUGGGUCUGUUUGCAUUCGUUGAUAACUCGAUAUUUAGGCUGCUAUCUAGCCUACGGGGUGUUUAUCUGGCGAUACUUGAAUGUGCCCCAGAAUUGGGAAUAUGUUGCCUCGCCAUGGAGUAUUGCCAUUAUGGUCUUGACUUUGCUUCCGGAGACGAUAUAUCCGUUUUGCUAUGUUUGGGUGUAUAAAGUGCAGAAGGUCAAGGGUGAAUAG